AUUUUCCUCCUAAGUCCAAUCUUCUUUCCGACAGAAGAUGGCCAAGCCGGUUUACACAGAAAACGAAUUGGGAAGAAGGUGGGACAGGUGUCUGGCCGACGGCCUUAUUAAAUUUGCUGCCGGGGUCGUAGUAGGUGGUGUUUCUUCUCUAAUGCUUUUCAAGAGAAAAAAGUGGCCAGUUAUAAUGGGUGCUGGCUUUGGUUUCGGUCUAGCCUAUGGUAAUUGCGAAAGGGAACUGAACAGUGUUAUGACAUUGCGUUCAUAAUUUCGCCUCAGGCCAUAAUAAAUCCUCAUGUUAUAAUUUUAGACGUCAAGAUUGGGUUGUAGAUACGUAUUGUUUUUCUGUACAUAGCUAAUUAAAAAAAUGGUUUACAAAAGAAAAACUGCCUUUCCUAUUGAAAGUUAAAAACAAGAAUUCGUUUAUUGUAAUUUCUACAAAUGCUGUUUAAAAAUAAACAUGUUAAUAACUGUAA